AUGCCGCUGCCUCGACCGAAAGAGUUCCAUAUAUCCUAUGCUGCCGUGCUCCUAGGGUUCCUUAGCAAUGUACUAGAUGCAGCCUCUAUGGGUCUCUUGGUGUUUCCCGCAAAUGGAACCAUGUUUGAAGGCUUACAAGCGCAGAGUAUUGCUAUGUUUGUGGCAUCGAUUGUUGUGUGCCAGAGUGUAUUCGUGCUAGGUGGUACCAACUUUAGUCAGUCCCAAGGUUCCAUGCUUGUCGAGGUGCUGCCCUUCAUGCAGAACAUUGCCACCAAACUAGCGACUGUGAUUCCAGACAACAGAGAUGCCUUGUUGGCUACAAUCGUUGUUGCCUAUGCCCUUUCAGCCCUAGUGUUGGGGGCCUUGUUCUUGUCCCUGGGCUUUUUCCAGAUCGACCGAUGGAUUGCCUACUUUCCUGAAACUGUACUGGAUGGCGCACUAGGUGCCAUUGGCCUCUCCCUUUUCCUUUCAGGAUUUGAAGUGGCGCAGCGCUCUUCGUUCGAGUGGACAGGAGAGUACCUAAAGUCUCUCUUCACCUCCAAGGGUAUGCCUGUGGUUGUCUCCGCAUUGGUAUUGACGGCCAUGCUAUGUUCGGGCAUUCGCGUCAAGAAACGAAGUGGGUCCACAAAACCCCGUUGGAAUACAUCGUUCAUUCGCCGCUUGGACUGGGAGUUUCGUCAGAUGUGUUCUAAUCCCUUUUUCACCCCCGCCUUCAACUUGACUGUCGGAAUCGUUUUUUGGAUCAUUGCCCUGAUCAGCCGCAGCUCGAUGCAGAGCCUCGUGGAGCACCACUGGCUCUUUGUAACAGUUCCAAAGGGGGCUACGUUGGGCAGUCGCAUGCGAUUCUACGAGUUUUGGGGUCUGUAUAAAUUUCAUCAGGUGCAAUGGAGUGCCCUGAACGAGGUGAUUGUCGAGAUGAUCGUCUUAAUUAUCAUUGGCGCGCUAAAUCUUCCCAUCUACUAUCCCGCUCUCGUGGAAAAUUUACCGGACGUGCCACGGACGGCCUCUAUCAAGAAGGAAUUUAUUGGCCAUGGUAUAGCCAACAUUCUGGCUGGUUUAUGUGGUGCUUUGCCAGUGCUAGUGGUCAUGUCCAAUACGCUUUUUUUUGCCCCGCUGAUGGUGUUUUUCUUUGGUGUGGAGCUCAUGGCGGAAGCGCUCGUGCCUACUUGGUCCACCAAGUCUCUAUUGGAAUACAUGGUCAUUCUGGGGACUAUGGCAGCUUGCACGGCCCUUGGAUUUGCGCAGGGCGUGGGCGUGGGUUUGGCCGCCACACUUGCGGCUCAGGGCUUUGAGCACCUAGCUGACUAUGAAAUCCGGACAUGUUUUGUGGACCUUUCCACUUUUGUUGAUGCUCAUGUCUUGUCGCCCAAGGUCUUGGAACGUCUAACCGAUAACCAAGACCAAUCACCCCAGAUUGGUGUUAUUGCAUUGUCAGGAACCACAAGCUAUACGGCGGCAUCAAAGAUCAAACAGGCUAUCCACACUGUUCAGCAGCAUGGAGCGGUGUUGUUUGUCGUGAUCCAUCCGUCGUGGACGCUGUAA